AUGGAGCCCCUCGGAAGCGAAACGCAAAGCCUCUGCGUGGAGGCGCUGCGGAGCGUGCGGAGCGCGAGCGACGCAGACCUGCUGGCGACACUGACAGAGCUCGAGGGCCUGGUGCCCCAGGCGGCCGCCAACACCCCUUUAAUAAAUGCUGCUGCAGCACAAGAGCUGCUGUCUAUUGCAGCAGAAGCUGUCAGCUGCUGCAGAAUGCCAGUGGCGCAUGCAGCGCUGCGGCUGCUGAACGACGGCUUGCCGGAAGGGGGGUUGAUAGAGAUGCUGGCUCAAGACGUGAACUUGGGCCUUGCUGCGGACGUGCUCGAAACCUGCACUACCAAGUGCUGGGCCCUCGAGGACUUCGUCACAGCUUCCGUCUUGGAGCUCACCAUCAAACUUUACCUGCGAAUGGUCCAGGAGAACAGAGACCGCAUUGUUGUGCUGCUGGGGGAGUCGACUCACCGAGUCGCGUCCGCCUCCCUCCGCAUCUCUCUCCUUUGCCUCGGCCGCUGCCUAGCACCUCCGGACGCUGCUGAGGCGCAAAUGAAGAGAAAUGAACUCGCGAGGAAAUUCGCUUUUCAAAAACCUGCUGUUGCUGCUGCGCGGCUUUUUCUGCUGCUCCUGGAGAGCGCGGACGAUCUUGUGUGUCAGGUCGACGCGGAGCUGGAGGAGCUGGCGGCCUGCCUGGGGGGCCGGCUGCCGUUUGCAGUGUUGGGGACUUACGGCCAAAUUCUCCACAAAGCCCUCCACGCUGUCUUCCCCGAAGCCCGCGGCCGCCGCCCUCGUGCUGCAGUGCCCCCAGAGGACUUCGACUUCUACCGCUGCGCGCUGGGGCUGGGGGACUUGGCGCAGCUGCUGCUGCAGCAGAAGGCCUUUUCGCUGGAGGUUUUGCUGCAGUGGAGCAGCGCCAGGGGAGCUGCUGCAGCUGCUGCAGCUGCUGCAGCAGCAGCUGCUGCUGCUGCUGCAGCGUUCGACGCGGGGGUGCAGGAACUGACACCGAAACCCAAGGAGCGGGUGGUGCACGACGGCCUGGCUUUCUUUCUGUGGGAGAACGGCGCUAGCCGCACAAUCCCGCUGUAUUCAAUCACCCGCAUGGCGUGCGAGGGGCGUUUUCUGAAGAUAACAUUUUUGCAGCUUCCCGCUGAGGGCGGAGAUCCGCGGACGCUGCUGCAGCAGCCCGAGGCCUUCUUCGAAGCUGCCGAGACAUUCUGGCUUUCCUUCAGCAGCGCGAAGGAAGCAGCACUGCUGCAGCAGCAGCUGCUGAAAGUCCACAAACUGGACCAAAUGGAAGAAUAUGACUUCAGCUUCCUCGAAGGAAUCUUCGAUGAACUCAGAGAGCCCAUGGAGCCCCAAAGGGCGGAGCUGCUGCUGCGGCCUUCGCUGCUGCUGCUGGGGCUCGACAGAGCAGCAGCAGCACGCAGCAGCAGCAGCAGCAGCAGAGCAGCGCAGCAGCUGCAGCAGCGGCAGCAGCAGCAAAGAAUCCUGUUCGCUUCCACUAAAGGCAUGGAGGUGGGGGCCUUACCGAGCGCAGAUCUCGACGACGGCGCAGCCGAAAUCGCCGGCGAGAAAAACAGAGAGAUAUCAGAACAAAACCAACAAAACAGAAGAGGCCGGGUCUUCUCUCCCGAACGGCCGAGCGAUGAAGCGGGCGAGGGCAGUGGGAGCGCGGACCCGGAAAGUGCCGGCGGUCGCCCGCCAUUCAACUUCCCUCUGCUGCCACCGCCAGCCAAGCUGUCUCAGUGGCGCCGCGUGAGUUUGGCGACGACGAAGAGCUGCGAGACUGAAGAGGGACAGAAGCUGCUGCUGGAACAGAAUUUGAAGUCCAGUGGUCACCUGCAGGAGCAGCAGACAGCUCGCAGCUCGAGUUCAAAUGGACCACUGGUCGCCUGCGAACCGGCACAGGAGGCAGCAGCAGAAGACGUGGGCAAACGCGGCGCAAGCACCGCCGCAGAAGCUCCUUCAGAGUUCAGUGGUGGCGAGCGGCGGCAGCAGCAACUGCAGCAGCAGCUGCAGCAGCAGCAGCAGCAGCAGCAAGAGCAUGAUCAGCAAGAGGCUGACCUAAUCAGCAAUGCAAGUCAAGAGCCGGAGCAGCAGCAGCAGCAGCAGCAGCAGCAAUGCUACAGAUUGAACAAAAAUGGCUUUUUGGAGUCUCCACAGAAACGGUGCGAAGACGGCAGCGCAGCUUCCUGUGGUUCGCCAGAGGAGCCGCAGCAGCAGCAAGAGAUAGCAGCAGCAGCAGCAGCAGCAGCAGAAGAGGACGAGCAGCAUAAAAGCAGCAAAAGAAGCAGACGGAGGAACAACUGCAGCACAGAGGAGUCCGAAGAAGGUGCCGCAAGCCCCCGCGUUGAAACUGAAAUGAACCAAACACAUGUACACUCCAGCCAAGAGGCGCUGCUGCAGCAGCUGCUGCAGCGCAACAGCAACUCCCCCACAGACCCAGAGCACGCCGAAGAGUGUGCGCUGCUGCUGCUGCAGCAGCGGCUGCAGCAGCAGCAGCAGCAGCAGCAGAAGCUAAGCAUUGGGAGCCAUUUGCUGUGGCGCGCAGCGCCAGAGGUGGAGAGCAUUCCCCACCUGCUGGAAAUCGUAAAGCGAAAAGUUCAAGAGUCAAAAUUGGCGAAGUUGGAAGACACCCGACAGGCAGUGACGAAGCUUCAGCAGCGGAUCGCGAAGAAGCUGCUGGCGCUGCUGCAGGCGCAGCACCAAGAGCAGCAGCAGCUGCAGCAGCAGUUUAAAGAGGCAAGCGAAGCAGCAGCUGCUGGCCCGGCUUUCCGCGCAGACAGCUGCAGCAUCUGA